GUAACACGGAGGUGUGUUUAGAAGAAGCCAGUUUAGACAUGGCGAAAGAAGGAGCAGAUACAGCGGAGGAAACCGAGCAGAUGAUCGAGAAAAACGGAGCUAAAGAACCGGAGAUCUCCGUUACUGCGGCGGAUUCGAAAGAAAUGCGCGCUGUGCUUUUGACAGGAUUUGGAGGUCUGAACAAACUCAAAGUGACUAAGAAAACCAUGCCUGAACCACAAGAAGGAGAAGUCAAAAUCCGCGUAAAAGCAUGUGGGCUGAAUUUUCUGGACCUGAUGGUGCGUCAAGGAAAUAUUGAUAAUCCUCCUAAAACCCCUCUAGUGCCUGGAUUUGAAUGUUCUGGAAUAGUGGAAGCUGUAGGAGGAAAUACUAAGGGAUUUGAGAUUGGUGAUCGAGUGAUGGCCUUUACAAACUACAAUGCUUGGGCUGAAGUGGUCUGCACAUCCCAGGACUGGAUUUACAAGAUACCUGAUGAGAUGACUUUUUCUGAAGCAGCUGCGUUCUUCAUGAACUUUGUAGCUGCUUACAUGAUGCUGUUUGAAGUGGCAAAUCUCCGGGAGGGAAUGUCUGUACUGGUGCACUCAGCAGGAGGUGGAGUGGGUAAUGCUGUUGCUCAGCUGUGCUCCACUGUACCUAACGUUGUGGUGUUUGGCACAGCCUCUCCCUUCAAACACGAAGCAAUUCGGGACUCCGUCACUCAUCUGUUCGACCGAAACCUCGACUAUGUGACAGAAGUUCGAAAGAUCUCUCCAGAUGGAGUGGACAUUGUUUUGGAUUGCCUGUGUGGUGAGAACACAGGAAAAGGCUUGAGUCUACUGAAACCCCUCGGCACAUACAUCUUAUAUGGUUCAUCAAACAUGGUGACCGGAGAGACAAAAAGUUUCUUCACCUUUGCCAAAUCUUGGUGGCAGGUGGAGAAGGUUAAUCCCAUCAAACUCUAUGAAGAAAACAAAGUCAUGGCUGGAUUCUCGCUGCUUAACCUUCUCUUCAGGCAGGGAGGCUGCAGUCGAGUGAACGCCGCUGUCCACAAACUUCUGUCCCUCUACAGUGAGAAGAAGAUUAAACCGUUAGUGGAUUCUCUCUGGGCUCUUGAAGAGGUAAAGGAGGCCAUGCAGAGAAUCCAUGACAGAGGUAACAUAGGAAAGCUUAUUCUGGAUGUUGAAAAGGCUCCCACGCCUUUGAUGGCCAGUGACAGCACAGAGACCAGUGAGGCAGGUGAGGAAGAGGAGGAGCAUGAAGGGGACAAUGAUAACAAAGAGCGAAUGCCCUUCAUCCAGUAGAGCCGUUUUAACACCGGUCCAGUCAUGGACAACCUGUGAAACAAGAGACUGUGUCGGGAUAAGGUUUAUCUACGUUACCCUGUGCUAUUGUGAAGAGUAUGAUGUGUGAUGAGUUUGCGUCUAUUUCUGUCUGAUCUGCGCUGUGCUUAAAAAUUCUUGUUGCCAACUUGCUUUUCCAACUUAAGUGCCAAUUCUAGCAGUGUUGCAACGGUGCAGUGUUUCUUCUGACCUGUUAUCUGAGUAUCUGUGGUUGUGUUUGCAGGUUUUGUCAGAAAAGCAGAAAAACAUAUGUUUGUUAAAAAGUAUUCAUUAGUAUUGUAUUA